AUGAAGUCGUUCUUCAACUGGGCCGUCCUUCUCCUCCUCCUCCCUUUAUCCUACGCAUUGAAAUUCGAACUCGUAGCGCAACCGGGUCACAGUGCAAAGAACGAACGAUGCAUCCGAAACUUUGUGACAAAGGACACCCUCGUUGUGGUUACUGCGAUCGUUAGCGGGAGCAGAGGAGAUGGACAGAUGGUGAAUAUGCAUAUCAAAGACGCUGUCGGAAACGAUUAUGGUCGCCCUAAAGACGUCGCCGGAGAGAAGAGGAUGGCCUUCACGAGUCUCGCAGACACAGCCUUUGAUGUGUGCUUUGAGAACACACUGACUGGCCGCGCCGGCACGCCCAACCCAUUGCGCCUGGUCGAGUUGGACAUCGACAUUGGAGCAGAUGCUCGUGACUGGUCUGCGAUCCAAGCUUCGGAGAAGUUGAAGCCCGUGGAGACGGAGCUCCGACGGAUAGAAGAGACGGUAAAUGAAAUCGUUCAAGAGAUGGAAUACCUGCGGUUACGGGAGCAGAAGUUGCGUGAUACCAACGAGAGCACGAAUGAGCGGGUCAAAUGGUUCGCUCUGGGCACAAUGGGGAUGCUCGUUGGAUUGGGCGCAUGGCAGGUUGUCUACCUGAGGGCUUAUUUCAGGUCCAAGCAUCUCAUCUAG